AUGAUUAAGCAGACUAUGAAUUUUUCAUUAAAAUAAAGGAGAACUCAAUCCUUGGAACCCGUACUUGAUGAGGAAGUGUUUGGAGAACUGAAGAAUGAGCAAGACUUUGAGAUGAGAUUGCAAUAACUGAAUGAGAUCCAACAAAUUCAUUAAAUGACUCAGAGUUCUGGGAUAUCAAUGUCAUCGGGUCGGAGCAAGCCGGCUAAACAUUAGAUGGUGGAGAGUUAUGCCCAUUUGAUUUAAGAGAUGGUUCACAAUAAGGAAUUACAGUAAUUCUGCCACUAAUUUGGAUUCUCAAUACAGGAAUUGGAACAAUAUAGUUCGAUUGAGGAGAGACAGAAUUUCGUAGUCGUAGCGAUGUGCAAACACAUAAAGGAAUAGAUGCAGAGUUUUAUGACUAAGGUUGAAUUGAGAAUGCAUUAAUACAGAGUUGAUGAAUGGAAUGAAUUGCAAAAGAUGAACAAGCAGAACAUUAAUAUAUUCGAGUGGUUGAAUGUGAAAUCCAAAUAUGAACAUCUACGUAAGAAAUUGCAAUAUGCUCUGAUUGACAGCAUAACUGCUACUCAAACUAAACAAUAAUAGGAGAAGAGAAAUAGAACAUUCAGCCAAUCCAAUAUUUCCUAGAUUAGCAGGGCCAGUACAGCAUGUGCUACAAGCAGUCGAAAAAGACUGUCCUCAAUUCAAGAAGAGGUAACAGUCAACCCAAAGAUACAGUUGGUAUCUGAAUACAAGGAUUUUAAGGCAUAAUGGAAUGAGGAUUUAGAGAAAUAGUAUAGAUUGAAAGGCAAGUCACAUAAGGUGCUCGGAUUGUAUCCUGUCAUCUAGAAGGCUAUCUUAGACAAUGUCGGGUAGAGUGUUUGGAAUCAGUAGAGAGACAGAUUGCUCACUAAAUACACUGAAGGAGGGUGUUUAACAGAAGAGGAAGUCAAAUUCAUUGCCACCACAUCCUAAUUAUUGAAUAGUUGUACAGAUAAGGAGUUUCUAUAGAAGAUUAUCACGCAUCUGGAUAAAAAUAUCAUAGAUGAAAUUGAAUUCAACAUAGCUGAAUGUAUAUUGGCAACCUAUACAAAUAUAUCGAAUGAUGUUAAAUCUAUUCGGUAGGUGUGGCUUAAAAAGAUUAGUGCAAAUCUAGAAUAGUAAGUCAAGGAUACUCAUUACAGCGUGAUGAAGAAGAUGCAAUUGCAAAAGAGUUAAAAAGCACUCGAGAAAGUUAAAAUGAAGAUGGUUACUAUCUUCAGAGACUUAUAGAAAAGGCACUUGAUGAAAUUACAACGAGAAUUAGACAAGGAUCAUUAUAUUUAAUAAUAGAAGGGAGUCAAUAAAGUAAUUCUGAAGUUCAAAGAUAAACUAAUGAAAAGAGUCAAAAAAUAUAGAAAUGAAAAGAACAUUGGAAUUGCCAAUAAUUUCAUUAACAGAAACAUUCCCAGAUAAGGGUCUCUGUUGUUUAAAAUCAAUAAAGAAAUGAAAUCUACAGAAUUUGUUUAACGUUUGUUUCAUCCACCCUCAAAAUUGAUUGUUAAGAAUCCUCUGCCUGGCUCUCAAACUGAUAGAGCUGUUAAGGAAGAAAAGAAAUAUAAACUCAGAUCUACUAGUACUAUAAGAUAAACUGAUUUUAAAAGGUAUCUUAGUGGAGGUCCCUAAACAGAACGAUAGUUUGUUUCUAAAUCUUUGGCUGAUCAAAAUCAAUAAAGAAUUAGUGGCCACAAGAAUCCUCAUGAAUGGAUUACCAGUGAAGUCGAAGUCAUGGCUAUCAACAAAAUCAAAGCAGCUAUUAGGGCUUAUCUCUAAAGAAAAAAAUACUAGAAAUAGAAACAAUUAAAAUAAGAGCAGGAAGAAUCAAAAAAGAAUUUAUUGGCAUCUCUUGCCAAGAAGAAUCCAGAGAGAAUCAAAAGAAUUGAACUAGAAGUCAUCAAUGUGAUUAAAAGUUUAGCUCUAAAUAAAUAAAAGAGUUAAUCUACUAUGUAUUCAUCCAAAUAAAGAAUACAAUCAGAUAUGAAAUUGAAAACUAGAAAAUUGUUCUAAGCUGCCAAAAAGAAAUGUCUAAACAUUGCUAUCUAAUCAGGUUUCAUGUAUACACUUGAAGAUGCUAAUCAGAAGGAUGAAUUUGGCAGAACUCCACUAUCAUACGCUGCUGAAAAUGGAGAUGAAGCCAUUUGCAAUUAUCUAUUAAAAAUUGGAGCCAAUGUCAAUAUUCCCAGUUUAGAUGGAAUGACUCCCAUGCAUUUUGUUUUUAAGAGCAAUUCAGUUUCUCUUAUUAUGAGAUUUAUUCAUUUAGGGGGCAAUUUGAAUAAGUUGAAUAACGAUGGGUUAACGCCAGUAGCCUUUUGCAACCAGGAAACACUAAAGAAGUUAAAUCUAACUCAAAUGAUCUCCUCUUCUCAUAAACAAGGAUCAUUUGAUAAUCACUCGAUCUUGAAUAAGAAAUACCCUCAACAGUCAGAAAUAAUAGAAGCACUAGAAUUUUCAGGCAAUUUCAGUAAAUUCUAAUGA